AUGCAAACUUUGGGAUUAAUUUUGCUUCACUUCGGAGCACUUUAUGGCAUAUAUAGUGCUGUAAAGAGUGGCAAAUGGCAGACAAUUGUCUUUGGAUACAUUUUAGGGGUAUUUUCGGCUAUCGGGACACUAAUGGGUGCGCAUCGAUAUUACACCCACAGGAGCUUCAAAGCCAAGUGGCCGUUACGGCUCAUACUGUGUGUUAUGCAAACACUGACGGGUCAGAAGUCGAUCGUGAAUUGGGUCCGCGAACACCGAACGCACCAUCAGUUUACCGGCACUGACGCCGACUGCGUUAACAUUGAACGCGGCUUUUUCUUCGCACACAUGGGUUGGCUAAUGACUGAAACACAUCCAGAGUGUGAGCGCCGGAUGAAGGAGUGCAAUGUGGACGACCUCCGCACUGACCCUAUGAUCGGCUUUCAAUACACACACUACUGCACGCUCUACGCUCUCAUCAAUGUUAUAAUACCCACUAUUUUGCCGUAUUAUUUGUGGGGCGAAACCAUUGAAAACGGCUUUUUCGGCGCUUUUAUGCUAAGAUAUGUUUAUACACUUCACGUCUCGUUUUGCGGCAAUUCUGUGGUCCACAUGUGGGGUACAAAACCCUACGACAAGACAAUUAGUGCCACACGUAAUGAAUCCAUUAUUUUCGCCACUUUAGGCGGAGCUUAUCAUAACUAUCAUCACGUCUUCCCGUUUGACUACAGCGCCAGUGAGUUUGGCUUUGAAUCCAAUUUCAAUUUCAUGACAGCAGUGAUAGACUUGUGUGCGACCAUUGGUUGGGCCUAUGAUCUGAAGAGAGCGCCGAUAGAUAUGGUUCUUAAACGCAAACAAAGGACUGGAGAUCACAGCGAUUUAGAGGACAACUCCCGUCCCAAUCCACUCUUACAUUGGAUUUAUGGCCUAAUAUUAAGCGCAUCCACAAACGAGAUUAUGUCCAGCGAUGACACGAGCUCUGAUCCAGACUACAAUUCGGUCUAUAGGGCGGGUGUCGGCCAAUCAGGUCGACCUCUGGGACCUCAAGGGAUUGGCAGAGGAUUAUUC